AUGGUGGUGGUGUCCUGCUUUAACAAAGUAUUAGGCUGUACGUACUACGGCUUUUUUAUGACGUUUGAAGGUCUUGCUUCAAUGCUUCUUUUGACCAUGAUUACCGUCGACCGGUAUAUAUACGUUGUUAAACACAAUUUAUCAAAACAACAACUAACCAAACCAAUCAUUAUAACUUUAACUGUAAGCGUUCUCAUGACUUUUGGAUUCACCGUUAGUCCUUUACUUGGGUGGAACAAGUAUACAUAUGCAGGAGUUGGUACCUCAUGCGCAAUAGAUUUAGCUACAGAAAACAACAACGGCCAAUCAUUCGUGAUAACCAUCCGUGUUAUCUACUUUGCUUUACCUGUUUCUCUGAUGAUAUUUGCAUACGGAUCUAUCUAUGUAAAGGUUUGUACAACCUUCCAAGGAUAUCAAAACAAAAGCAUGAAAUAA